CGUAGACAAAUGUGUCCCUGGGUGCUUAGUGGAAGGAAGCUGGAUACAUAAGGGUCUUCUUUUGCAAUCCACCUUGAGAUUUCGAGAUUUUCUUCUCUUCAAGCCCCAACAACAGCAACAACAACAUCAGCAACAACAGCAACAGCAAAGAUGGCCCCCAAAAAUGAGGAUUGGGAGAAGAAGUUUGGCGUUUCUGUCGGGACGCCUUGGGCAACCGCAAAGGCCGCCGAAACCGCCGAGAAGGGCGGCGGCAACAACAACAACAAAAGCAGCAGCAGCAACCGCAACAACAGCAGCAGCAGCAGCCGCACGGUCUCGGGCCGUGUGAAUAAAAAUAAUAAAAAUGCGCAGCAGCGCAUCCGGGCCAAGGCCCGAAAAAACGCCGUCGACGCCGCCGCCGCCUCUGCUCCUGCCGCUGCUGCCACUGCCGCAACCAGCAGCCGUACCCUCGCCGAGAGGGUGACGUACGGGGAAGGCCCCAAGAAAGGCAAGGGACGCGGCAACAGAGGCCGGGGACGGGGGAACAAUAGCAGGAAAUAUUAAUUUGUUUGUUGCUUUUGCCCAUAGCUUUUGCUCAUAGC